GCGCAGUGUCUGUCCUUUCCCGAUAAGCCCGGUUAUUUGCUCGAAUGAAGAUGAAGAAACAAAGAAAACCCCUUUUCUCUCUUCACUCACUUUGAAACCUUCACUCCUUCUUUCUUCCAAUUUCUCUCAAUUCCAAUUUCUCUCACUCCACUCCAGACAACUCUACACAUCACAUGUAAUCCAUAAUCAUCUUCUUUAAGGAGCUCAAGAUUACAGAUCUGUGAGCUUUGGGGUUCUAACAUCAAACUGCAAUUAUUUCUUCAAAAGAAACAAGAUCUGCGAGCGACAAUCAGAGAAACGAGCAAAAGAACCAAGAAAAAGAAUCACAAUUUAUGUCUUGCCUCGUUCACCAUCUGGGAGCUUGACACCUGUAACAACAUUACAUUAGUAACCAUUGUCCAGAGCUGCAGAAUUUUCAGGCUUUGCUUUUGAAGGGCACUGCAAUGCAACUGCAAAAAGCUUUAACAAAGAGAGGCGGUGGGCUAAGCUUAGCCUCCUGACUUAGACCAUGAUAUAUCGAAGCGUAAAAAGAGGCCUUUUUAUCACUACACACCCACAGUACUUCUCUGUAUUAUCGUCAUCAAUGCAUAGGACACAGCAACCCCACCUGCACUACUCUCUUCCUACCAUCAUAACCUCUAUUUUCUCUCUCUAAAAAAAACCCACUUUCUCUCUCUAUCUGUCAAAGUACAACAGAUAUUAAAGAAGAAAAAGAAAGAAAACAAAGGCUAAAGGGUCUCCGUUUAGAGUUGCUUUGGUUGAGAGAAAAAGGCAUGAAAGUGUUAUGGAGGUGGAGGAGAUUCAAAUACAACCGUGUAAGUUCCCAAGAAUCGGAAAUGGAAGAAUUGACUCUAGCAAGAUAGGUCAAAAAGACCAAUACCUAGAUGAUGAAGAAGAUGGAGAGCAGCAGCAUCAGCUAAAGAGGGCUACUGCUGGUACUACUGCUGGUCUAGGUGAUGAUGAUAAUAAUGGUACUGGUGCGAAUCGGCUUCGAGGAUGGCACCACUCAUCGCGGAUCAUUAGAGUUUCUCGAGCCUCUGGGGGCAAAGAUCGCCACAGCAAAGUUUGGACUUCAAAAGGGCUUCGAGACCGGAGAGUUCGGUUAUCUGUUACCACUGCUAUUCAAUUCUACGAUUUACAAGAUCGGCUGGGUUAUGAUCAGCCUAGUAAAGCUGUUGAAUGGUUGAUCAAAGCUGCUGCCGAUGCGAUUUCAGAGCUCCCUUCUCUUAAUAGUUCUUUUCCUGAUACACCAAAGCAAUUGAGCGAUGAAAAGAGGGCAAGUGAAGGCACUGAUCAACAAGGGUUUGAUUCAGUUGAAUUAGAUGGUGAUCCAAAUUGUCAGCAGAAUCAGAGCCAGCAUCGUUCCUUAAGUAAAUCUGCCUGUAGCAGUAACUCUGAGACAAGCAAAGGCUCAGGUUUGUCUCUCUCACGAUCUGAAAUCCGGGUGAAUAGAGUGAAAGUUUCUCGUGAAAGAGCAAAAGGAAGAUCAGCUGCAAAGGAGAAGGUGAAGGAGAAUGAGUCUCGGAUUUCACAUCAUCAUGUGAAUACAAAUCCCAUCUCACAAAGUUCAUUCACUGAGUUACUCACCUGUGGUAUUGGCAAUGUCAACAACAACAAUAGUCCUACGGCCCCCCAUCAAGACCCCAGUGGUGAGCCUUUCUUUCACAAGGCAACAACAGCAAGACCAUGGUCUGCAACCUCCAUGGACUACUUUAACACAGGGCUGAUGGGGCCAUCUUCUUCUCGUCAACAUAAUUUUUCAGGACAAAUUCAGGCAAUGUCAAUCCCAUCAUUUGGUUUAUCAAAUGAAAACAAUCAAGAAAUGCAGCAGCACUUUCCAUUUGUUACAGACAAUAUGAUCCCAGUCACAACCACCCAAGCGGGGCCUGGGGGCGACUACAAUCUCAACUUCACAAUCUCUCCCGGCCUUUCUGGUUUCAAUAGGGGGACCCUUCAGUCCAAUUCGUCACCGUCUCUUGUGCCUCACAUUCAGAGGUUUGGUACUUCUUCUAUAGACGGAUCAAAUGUACCUUUCUUUAUUGGUACUACACCACCAGCUGUGGAGAAUUCUCAUCAACAUCACCAGUUCCCAGCUGGGUUUGAUGGCCGCUUGCACCUUUACUAUGGAGAUGGAAGUAGGCAUUCAGACCACAAAGGGAAAGGCAAGAAUUGAUGAUUUCUAUUGCCAACGUCUUCAUUCUGAGAUGGUUGACUAGAAUAUCUGAUAAACUCAAGUGUGACAGAUUUGAAGCAGGAGAAUGAAGAUGGAGAAGUAGCGGCAAGGCAUAAUACCAUGUGUGAAUUGAUGCUUCUGGAACAAAUAAACUGUUUCUAGUUUAUGCGUGCAAAGCAGUGUGUGUUGAAACAAUUGGAGCUAUUCUUUUUUCCUUGGCUUGACUACAAUUAAUUAUUUUCAAAUUAAUUGUCCAUACUAUCAACGGCAGCCUUGUGAAUGAAUAGGCUUAUUGACAAUGAUGAUUUUCAGAUUUUUAAAACCA